ACUGUUUCCAGCUAUUGGUUGACAACCUCGGAAUGGUUCAUUUUGGCAAAAAAAUGUGUUCUCCUUUUCCUAUUUGAUCCAUUACUAAACUGUUUUGCUUUCUACUUAGGUGGGAAACGAAAUUUCGGUCGUGCGUUAGUAGUUGUAGUGACUUGUACGAAUAUGCAAUCUGCAUUUAACCAUUGGAUUUUGUUUUUGGUAUGCUUUCAUUACGCUUGUGCAAUAUUGAAACACGCAGGACGCGUUCCUGUUCCGUUGCCGCCGAAUUUACCAGCUCUUUCUAUCUGUACUCGGUGUAUCCGUCCAAGACCUAUUCGUGCACAUCAUUGCAGUGUUUGUGGCGAGUGUAUUCUCCGCAUGGAUCAUCACUGUCCGUGGAUCGCUAACUGUGUCGGUCUACGUUCCCAUCGGCAUUUUUAUUUAGUGCUAUGGUUUAUGAGUUUGGGCGGUCUGUACAUGCUCACCGUGGGAAGGUGGGAGUUCAAUGUGCAUGUCACUGAAUUUGAACUUAGUAAACCAUUGUCGAAUAAGUGGUGUUCAUUUUCAGUCUUUUCAUUAGUUAAUACGAUGUACUUUUUUAUUCGGGAAUCGCUUUUCGUGACAAAUAAUGGAAUAGUUUUCUAUUUUGGUUUUUCCGCGUUGUUGAGUGCUAUGCUCAUAAAAUUGUGGGAUACAUUUUGCAAAAGAUUUAGUCUAAGCGACUGUAGCGAUCGCUUUAAAGCUUACUACAGGUUACCGAAUGCCUUCCAUAGCUUAACAUGUUAUAUUUCAUAA